AUGGCUUGGAGAAGAAGCAUGAAUGGUGCAGAGCUUGUUGGUAGUCAAAAGAAGAAAUGCACUCGUUACAAAAAUGACGAGGAAGAAUCACCACCAAAUAUUGUUUCGCCAGAGAGCAAUACAGUUUAUUAUCCGGUUUACAACGUUUAUAGACCAUACAUGCCAUUAGUCAACGUUAUGUUGGGUUACUAAUCUACGAUGCUUCCGGGAUAAAAUUCUUUACUUCAUUUACUGUUAAUUUGAUGACGAUUGCCAUGAAUUUUAUGGGAAAUUUCUCAAUAUUCGAAUUCAUUCAAUUCUUUUUUCCACAUUCUUGUGGAUUAUUUUUAAAUUCGGCGCCGACUAUAUAUAAUUUUACACAACUUAAUGCUGUAUUUUAUUGUUAUGAUUCAUGUUAAUCACAAUUUUACUAGUUAUCGAUGAUCGAGGAUUUGUCAUUGAAUUGGAAAUGACGUAAUAUUUUUUCAUUGAUGACACAAAACCGGACAAUCUCUUUAAUUCCACUUAUUCCUUCCUCUCAUUUUUCGUUAUUAAUCUUUUGUCUACAUCUUUUUCUAUCCAAAUUUAGACUUUCAUCGUCUCAUAUGUCCAUACUUGACUUUUACACGUAACAGUGUGCACACAACUGAUGAUAUUUGACUAGAUGAGACUUAAAAAUUUACGAUAGGAAUGAAUGUAUGACAAUUUUUUAUUAACGCAACUGAGAAUUAAGAUGAAAAUUGUUGAAAGCUUCAAGAUGAAUUUUUUAGAUGCAUCGAUUCAUUUUGAGGAUUUCAAUUAUUUUCGAUCUGCUUGAAAUAGCAAUCAAUAAGCCGCGGCAGAGAAAAUCGAUGUUCUCUGAUUUUGAUUGCUAUUUUUAGCACAAAAAAUGCCAUAAAGAGAGAUUUUAAUGCAUAAGAACAUUUUCGCUUGAUUAAAGAGCUUAAUUCAUGCUCUGCUUAGUUCAUCAUAACUUUAAGUUUAAUUUCUUUCGAUUUUUGGCCAAAAAUCGCUUCUUUUGAGAUUAAUUAAGACUAUAACAAUAGUCGAUCAUCGAUAUCAUAACUACUUAAA